AUGCCUGGUCCUGAUGAAUUUGCAGACCAGCAGCAACAGCAGCAGGAGCAGCAGCAACAGCAGCAGCAACAGCAGCAACAGCAGCAGCAGCAGCAGCAGCAGCAGCAGCAGCACGAAUUAGGGUUUGAGGUCCCUGGUGCUUUCUUAGAUAAUUUUAUUUUUUCUUUUUCUUCUUUUUCUUUUCUUUAUAACUUUGAUUCAUUUACGCAUUUCGGGUGUAUGGACACCUCUUUGUCUCCUUCUUGUCCCCUUGUGUCUGCUGCUGCUCCUGCUGCGCUGCGGCUGCUGCAGUUAGAUAAUAGACUGCAGCAGGAAGCAUUAGCAGCAGAAGAAGUGCAGCAAAUACUUAACUCCUUAGAUAAAAAGGGUUUCUUGCAACUGUACACAUAUAUACCACCGUCAACACCAGCAGGCCCCCAUCAUGAGCAACAGCAGCAACAGCAGCAGCAGCAGCAGCAGCAGCAGCAGCAGGUAACGUCUCCUCUCCUUGUCCCCCCUCAUCUGCUGCUGAAUGCUGCUGCUGCACCGCCAACAGAAAUGGAUCCUUCCUCCUCCUUUACGGAGGAGUUGCUGCAGCAACCAGCAGCAGCAGCAGCAACACCAGCAGCAGCAGCAACAGCAGCAGCAGCAGCAGCAGCAGCAGCAGCAGCAGAUGCUGCUGUAGAUGAUACAUCAUCAUGCAGAGGACAAGAUGUUGUAGAGAUUGUCUCCUUCCCUCCAACACCAGAGGUUGUAGUCCUUGAUGGAGACACCCAGCAGCAGCAGCAGCAGCAGCAGCAGCAACUGCAGCAGCAACUGCAGCACGAACAGCAACAGCAGCAGCAACAGCAGCAGCAGCAGCAGCAGCAAGGGGGCUUUAAGGUUAUUAGACAGGUUUUCUUUGGUGGUGUUAAUCCAAAGGCAGAGCCCCACAGAUAUCUGCGGUGUAUAGACACCUGUCUUGCUGCUUAUUCCCGCUGCUGCAGCAGCAGCAGCAGCAGCAGCAGCAGCAGCAGCAGCAGCAGCAACUCAGAUUCUGCAGCAGUACCUGCUGCUGCUGCUGCUGCUGCUGCUGAUAUAGGAGAUAUGAGUCAGUGCAUCUCUGUAAGAGAGUCACAGGAUGGAUACGAAGGACAGCGGCUGCUGCCGCUGCUGCUGCAGCGCAGCAGAUGCAGCUACUGCUUGCUGCUAGAAGGAGACAGCGAAGGGCUGCUGCUGCAGCAGCUGCUGAGGGAUGUAGGAGUUGAGACGGUGCUGCUGCCGCAGCAGCAACAGCAGCAGGAGCAACAGCAUCAGCAGGAGCAACAGCAGCAGGAAACAGAGGAACUAACGCAACAAAAACUAGAACAACAACAGCAACAGCAGCAGCAACAGCAGCAGCAACAGCAGCAGCAACAGCAGCAGCAACAGCAGCAAGGGACCAAUGGGUGGAAAGCCCGUAGACGUCGUCUUAAGGAGCAGCAGCAGCAGCAGAAGGAGGCAGCAGCAGCAGCAGCAACAGCAUCAACAGGAGCUACCCCUGUAAGGAAGUCUAGAAGUAAUUCGGUGUCUCCUAGCAGCAGCGCAGCAGCAGCAGCAGCAGCAGCAGACGCAGCAACAUCAUCAGAAGCAGCAACACAAUCAGAAGGAACAACAGCAGAACCAGCAGAGGCACCAGAAGAAGCAACAGCAGCAGAAGCAGAAGCAGCAGCAACAGCACCAGCAGCAGCAGCAGCAGAUUGGAUGGAGACAGAGUGA